UCUAGAUCUGAGUUGUGCUUAAACAUUGUUCUUUAAAAAGACUGAAGUGGUUUGCCAACCUGGAGUGAUGAAGGGUAACAUGAUGAUCUUUGCUCCACUGUGUUUGCUCUUUUGCUGGAUCCUGCCUGUCGAGUCCAAGAAGAUCACUUUUAUUGUCAAUCUACCAGAGGCAAAGUCGAGCAUUCAAAUGAGCAUGGUUCCAGAUGCUGUUGAUGAUAUGUACUUUGGCUGCCACAAUAAAAUGAUGGAAACGAUCAAGAGCACGUACUUUAAAAAAGAGGACAAGAUGAGCCCAUUUAACAAUGUCUGGAAAAAAGCACAACAUUGUGCCAACAACAAAAUGAAGGAAAAAGAUGAUGAGGCUCUAACUAAGAAUCACAUGCAAGCAAUCUGUGUUUAUACAUCUCAUUAUAAAGAGUUUUACAAGAUUUUUAAUAAUGCUGUCCGCACCAACAGAAAAGAGUAUGGCACCUCGUUCCAAUUUCACUCUUUACAUUUCUGGCUGACAUCUGCUGUACAAAUCCUCAGUAAUAAUAUAAACUGUCACACUACUUACCGCAGAACCAAUGAUAACUUUAGUGGUGGUAUCAACCAAACAAUUCGGUUUGGUUUCUUUGCUUCCAGCUCUAAGAAGACAACACUGACCCACUUUGGCAAGAAUACCUGCUUUGAAAUUAAGACCUGUUUUGGCGCUUUCCUGAAAAAUUAUUCAGCUCUUAAAGCCUAUGAGCAAGAGGUACUUAUCCCCCCCUAUGAGAAGUUCAAUAUAACUGGUAAAAAGAGGGGUGUAUUUGUCAAAGGUCUGAGUGAUUGUAAGGAUGUCUAUAUCUUGGUGAGCGCAGGAGUUGACAGUAAUCUAAAUUGCAAAGCUGCCUACUUAUGAAAGAUCUGUUGUUUUACAUGUGUUCAUACUUCCCUAAACAAAUUGUA